AUGACUCGGUUUAUAUCUUCUUCUGUAGGUGAUCACCCUCAUCAGUUAGAUGUAGUAGAGUUUAAUGGCAGAGAGUCAUAUAAAAGAUCUGGUUCUGUUGAUGCAGUGAUUGAGUCUGUCCUUGAAGAUGCACAUGCAGGCGAUCACCCUCAUCAGUCAGAUGUAGAGUUUAAUGAUGGAGAGUCGGAUGAAGGAUUGGGUUCUGUUGAUGCAGUGAUUGAGUCUCUUCUUGAAGAUGAACAUGCAGGUGCCCAAUCUCAUCAGUCAGCUGUAGAGUUAAAUGGUGGAGAGUCAGAUAAAGGAUCCAUUUCUGUUGAUGCAGUGAUUGAGUCUCUUCUUGAAGAUGCACAAAAUGAAGAGUCAGAUAAAGGAUCACAUGCAGGUGACCACCCUCAUCAGUUAGAUGUAGUAGAGUUUAAUGAUGGAGAGUCGGAUGAAGGAUUGGGUUCUGUUGAUGCAGUGAUUGAGUCUGUCCUUGAAGAUGCACAUGCAGGUGACCACCCUCAUCAGUCAGAUGUAGUAGAGUUUAAUGGCAGAGAGUCAUAUAAAGGAUCUGGUUCUGUUGAUGCAGUGAUUGAGUCUGUCCUUGAAGAUGAACAUGCAGGUGACCACCCUCAUCAGUCAGAUGUAGUAGAGUUUAAUGGCAGAGAGUCAUAUAAAGGAUCUGGUUCUGUUGAUGCAGUGAUUGAGUCUGUCCUUGAAGAUGCAUAUGCAGGUGACCACCCUCAUCAGUCAGAUGUAGAGUUUAAUGAUGGAGAGUCGGAUGAAGGAUUGGGUUCUGUUGAUGCAGUGAUUGAGUCUCUUCUUGAAGAUGCACAUGCAGGUGCCCAAUCUCAUCAGUCAGCUGUAGAGUUUAAUGGCGGAGAGUCAGAUAAAGGAUCCAGUUCUGUUGAUGCAGUGAUUGAGUCUCUUCUUGAAGAUGCACAAAAUGAAGAGUCAGAUAAAGGAUCACAUACAGGUGACCACCCUCAUCAGUUAGAUGUAGAGUUUAAUGAUGGAGAGUCGGAUGAAGGAUCUGGUUCUGUUGAUGCAGUGAUUGAGUCUGUCCUUGAAGAUGAACAUGCAGGUGACCACCCUCAUCAGUCAGAUGUAGAGUUUAAUGAUGGAGAAUCAGAUAAAGGAUCUGGUUCUGUUGAUGCAGUGAUUGAGUCUUACCUUGGAGAUGCAUAUGCAGGUGACCACCCUCAUCAGUCGGAUGUAGAGUUUAUUGACGCAGAAUCAGAUAAAGGAUCUGCUUCUGUUGAUGCAGUGAUUGCGUCUUACCUUGGAGAUGCACAUGCAGGUGACCACCCUCAUCAGUCAGAUGUAGAGUUUAAUGAUGGAGAGUCAGAUAAAGAAUUGGGUUCUGUUGAUGCAGUGAUUGAGUCUCUUCUUGAAGAUGCAUAUGCAGGUGACCACCCUCAUCAGUCGGAUGUAGAGUUUAAUGAUGGAGAGUCAGAUAAAGGAUCCAGUUCUGUUGAUGCAGUGAUUGAGUCUCUCCAUGAAAAUGCACAUGCAGGUGACCACCCUCAUCAGUCAGCUGUAGAGUUUAAUGAUGGAGAGUCAGAGUCUGAUAUGGAUGAUUCUGAUGAAUCUUGGAUUGAUUCAGAUAGUGAUCCUGAUAACUCAUCGAGUAAAAGCGAUUCUGAUAACGCAUCAAGUGAAAGUGAAAACGAUGAAAACCUUCCAGAUGUUGACAAAAGUGUUCCUAAAAAGGGCAAUCAUCAAGUUCUAAAGAGUAUUGAAAAUAUGAAUUCUCCUCAAAAAAGAAAAAAAACAAGUCUUGAAAAUAUGAAUUCUCCUCUAAAAAGAAAAAAAACUCUGUCACGUGAAGAAUGUGACUUCGACAUAGAGUAUCCGAACAUUUUUAUCAAAAAGUUCCAAAAAGGAAAUAAUGAAAGAUCAAAAACCGGAAGAACAUACGACCUUGUUCAUUCAUGUAUGUUUUGUCAUGACCUUUAUUCAAACAUCCAAACUCACAUUGAGAAUAAACAUGCCAACAAAAAAGAGGUACAAGAAAUUAAAACCAUGAAACAGAAAAAAGAGUUCUGCAACACAGAAGAGAAAACUGACCUUAUGAAGGAAAUCAAUAGAAAAGUUACCCUGAUUCGCAAUAAGGGAGACAAUAUCCACAAUAUGUCUGUUCUUCAAAAAGGUGAGGGCGAAAUACUACUUUCAAGAAGAACCCAGAAUAAAUUCAGUCUGAAACAAUAUGGGCCUUGUCCGGAAUGUUUUGAAUGGAUUCAGCUUGAGAAAUCAGUUGCAACUCAUAGGACCUCUUGUCCAGCGUUUAAGAUAGGUUCAUAUUUCCAGAGCAAAGGGUCUGUUAUCAUUCAGGCUAAAGUUAUGGCAGGAAAAAUCAUUCCAGAAAGUUCAAAAAUUCUUCAAAAAGAAGUUCUUCCAGCGAUGAGAAGAGACAGCAUUACAGACUGUGUUUUGGAGGACCACAUUAUUCUGAUGCUUGGAGAUAUAUGGCUCAGUAAAAACAUAGAUAAUAAAAGAAAACGAAAACAUUAUGCGAGUUACCACAUGCGACUUGCUGGACGCCUCCUUCUCCUUGUUCGAGAAACAACAAACCUAUCUCUUAGUAUGUCGGAUUUUCUGGUACCAAAAUAUUUUGAUGUUUUUGUGUCUUGUGCACUUAAGGCUUGUGAUGGUGUUGACAAGGAGGAAUCUGAUGAAUAUGACUUGGACCACCCAAGCACGGCUUUAAAAAUUGGGUUUGACCUUUGUCGUUUAGCGUCUGUGAAACUUGGAAACAGUAUAAAAUCUGGAGAGGAACAAGGGCGUUUAGAUGCUUCAAACUUUCUAAACCUGAUGAAGUUAGAAUGGACUGUUAAAGUAACAAAAAUUGCAAAAUCAACCCUGAAUGAGCGUCAUUUUAAUGCUCAAAAGAGUCUACCAGAUCCUGAAGACAUUGCAAAAUUAGCAAAGCACAUCACAAAUGAACUUACCAAUUUUGAUGUGGAAAAUAUGACUCCAGAUAAUUAUAGAAAAGGAGUUAUACUCUCCGAAAGUCGACUUCUAUUGUACAACCGUCGAAGACCUGGGGAACUUGAGGCUUUAAGUUUGAAAUGCUACGAAAACAGAUCAAAAGAAAUGUCUGCUGUGGACAAAUCUUUACGCCUGGAUUUGACGGAUUUAGAAAAACAAAUGUUGGACACCCAGCAUGUUAUUGAAGUUCGCGGAAAGACUGGAAAACGAGUGCCAGUUAUUUGCCCUAAAGAAGUCCUGCCAAUAUUACAAUAUUUGGCCAAUCCUACUGCCAGAAGAAAGGGUGGAGUUAAACCAGGAAAUCCUUACUUGUUUGCAAAUACUGCAAAUGGUGUUGUGAAGGCGGGUGAGGCCCUAGAUGACAUCAAAGAAAAAGCUAAUUUGAGAUCUCCACAUCUUAUCUACUGCACUAACUUGAGAAAACACUGUGCGACCAUCGCUCAGGUGAUUGGCCUUCAAGAUCAUGAAAUGAAGUGGCUUUGUCAGCAUUUAGGGCAUACGCAAAAAGUCCAUGCAAUUCAUUACAGAGCCACAUCUGGAAUGAUAGAAAGAAUUGAAAUAUCAAAACUCAUGCUGAUGCAAGAGACUAACAGUGUUUCCAAAUUUGCUGGAAAAAAUUUAAGGGACAUACAGUUUGAAGAUAUCCUUGGUGAUUCAGACACCACUAAUGACAGCAAUGAUCUAGUAGAUACCAAUGAUGAAAGCAAUGAUCAUGUAGAUGCGUUAGAUGCAACAUCAGAAAAUCCUAUUGUUUCAGUUUUAGACAAUGACUUUGGCCGAAGGUCCACGAAUAAAGUUACUCGUGUUCAGUGGUCAAAAGAUGAAGAACAGGAAUUGCGGGAAUAUCUUUCAGAAUACAUUGGAAAGAAAUGCCCUGGAAUGAAGGCCUGUAAAUACGCUAUUGAACAAAGUAAAAAAAAUGGAGGAAAAAUUCAGUACAGAAAGUGGGACACAAUUAAGAAAAAAGUUGUUAGAAUGAAUCCUCUAUAGUUAUACAUUCAGAAAGAAUGUUUUAGUGUGUGGACAUUUUCAAAAAGGUACUUGUUAUGUACAUGUUCAGUUUUGAUAUUUUGAAAGCUAUUGUUAGGAAUGAAUCUUAAAUGGAAGAAAGGUACAGUACUUAUAUGUACAAUUUGUUAGUUGAAGGUUUCAAAAGAAAGUUUGUGUAACAGUAGCAUUGUUACUUGACAAUUUCAAGUUGCAUUUUGCUUGAUCUUAAGAGACAAAGGUUUAUUGGUCUUUGCUAAUAUUUUAAACUAUCAAAGACAAGAAAACAUUACAUUUUAUUAAUUGCAUACCUAUGGUUAACGUGUUUAUUUUUAUGCAAAUGUUGGCACAAGAAAGUUUAUGUAAUUUUCUUUUUGUUUUGUCUUAAUUUGUUUAUUGCAUUCUGGAUUGAAUUAUUGGUAUUUUUUCGGGAAUUAACAAAUAUAUUCUUGACUAGUAAGAGUUCAUGCUUGUUCAUGCUUGCAUAUUUUUUUAUUCAUGUGUCAUGACCAUUUAGAGUAUUACUUAGAAAGUGCCAUGUGAGAUAAUUCUUGUGUUUGUGCAACGUGACACAUUUCACUACCUGUAUCUCUUGCUGGUUCUAACUAUGCUCAGAUAAGAGGAACAGAUUUUGACUAUUAUUUUAAAGUUAAUUGUUGCAAUUUUAACAAGGAAUGUCUCAAGUCAGAAAAGAAUUUUGCCUCUUGAUUGACCUCUUUUAUUUCACCCAGGGCAGAUGCUUUGAUGUAAUGUUCGAACUAGUUUUGUUCAUGCAAUAAAAUGAUUGUUUUUUA